AUGGAGCCAGCACAAGAAGACUUCAUGGCUAUUCUACAGAAGAGGAAAAGGAACCUCACCAAAAAGCUUGAUAGAAUAAAGCUUAAAGAAGCUGAAGUAAAAGCUUCUGGAAAAGAGGUCAAAGGCGAAGAACGAAAAAUGCUUGACUCUAAAUCUCAAACAGAAGAUUACUUACUCCUUAGCGACGGAGCAAAAAAAAGGUUACUUUUGAAGGUUUUUUUGUUUAAAAAAAUUAUAUUAUGUAUUGCAAUAAUUCCUUAUCAUGUGAAAACCAAAUAUGCGUUUCAAAACGAAGAUUUUAGUGAGGUAAAUUCAUAAUUUGAAAUUUCAUAUUAAAAUUGUGCGUAUAACAGGCACAAGAAAUUUACCAACGGAUUAUAGGAAUUGCCUGAGGAUGGCGCUAUCUUGCGCCAUCCUCGGGCAAUUCAAAAAAUGGCCCCGCACCGGGAAUCGAACCCACGUGUGGGGCCAUUUUUGGUGCGUGUAAAGUCGAUGUUGGCCACACACCAAAAAUGGCCCCACACGUGGGUUCGAUUCCCGGUGUGGGGCCAUUUUUGAAUUGCCCGAGGAUGGUGCAAGAUAGCGCCAUCCUCGGGCAAUUGCUAUAUAUUAUAUUAGCAUACAUUUUUGCAUGCUCAUGAAGGGAUUGCUAGGAAAAGCAGGAUUAUAUCAAUAUUUUUGCUUAAUUUGUGGGAAAGCUAGCAGAAGUCGAAAAAAUCAUCGAACUUUGCAAGCUCCCACAACCAGAAGCCCCAAAAGAAGUCAAGCCAGUCCAGCUUAAAGUAGAAGAAGACAGAAGCGCUGAUGCUGUCAAUUUAUGGGCCAUAGGAGAAUUCUUAAAACAUCCAGACAUACAAGAAAAAUUCAAACAGGAAAAUCCUGAUGAAAGCAACCUAGACUCGUUCCUCCAAUUCCACAGCAGCUCCAGAGGACAAGCUGGAGACAGAUUUUCAGGAAUUUUAACUGAUCUUCAAAAAUCUGUAAAGAAUUAUCUGAAUAAAAGCGAAGAAGUAGCUCCUGGGACACUCAAUACCUACAAAAACCUCUAUGAAUUUGCAGAGCGCGCACAACGAUGGUGCGAGUCACAAAUAUGCCCAGAAGAGCCUGUAAAGCCAGAGCUUUCUUUAGAGACCACAGAAGUUCAUCAUCAAAUUGCCCAACAAAAUACCCAGCUUGGUGAACCUGUACAAGUCCAAGAGACAGAAAAAGUCCCAGAGCCAGCCCCAGCCGAAGUAGUAGAAGAGCUGCCAAAGCCUGAAGAAGAAAAAGUUAUAAUAGAGCCAGAAGCCAUCGCCCACAGCUGGGCUCAGCUAGAUGAAGCUGAAGACGAAGAAGAAUCCCCUAAAGAGGAGCUAAAAGAAGAAAAGAAAGUAGACCCUGAAGAUGAAGGCUUUGUCGAGGUAGGACGCAAGAAGCCUAAACGCCAGCCACCGCCGCCAGAAGCAGAAAAACCUCGUGGUCGAGGGUUCAGAAGAGGCAGAGGUGAAAGAAGACCUAGAAGACCAAGAGGCUAA